AUGGAAGACACUGAAGGACGGCGGACGACUUUCUGGUCUUUGUAUUUCUAUGAGACUUGGAUCUGUUUUCACCUGGGACGACCUAGCUCCCUAUCUUUGAAAGAUAUUGGAAUUGCCCAGCCGGAUGAGCCCUUUCUGGAGAUACUUAUCCACCUAUCAAAGGCCAUCUCACGCUCUGCGAACGAGAUAUAUGGCCGACGGCAUGAGUCGUUAUUAGAAAUGUGGAGGACUGCCAGGUCGAUUAUGAAUGAUAUUCAAUGCUAUGACGCUCUGAUGCAGGAGGGCCUAGGGUAUGGACUGGGGGAGCCUCCACAACUCGGAAGUGCGGGGGUACAGCAAACCAUGUUGACUACAUUAUACUAUCACACUAUCCUCUUGACGUUCCGUCCAUUCCUUAUUUUCCGAGGAAAGCUCGGACAACAUUCUAAAAAUGCGAAUCAGCCACCUGAAGUUCCAGCAUGGCUUAACGAGGCCUGCAAUUGCACACUCUCCGCGGCCCAGAGGACAAUGCGCCAUCUAUGCGAAGCUUCCGCUGUGAAUGAACUUGUCAGGGAGCUACGCUAUCAUGGGUUUUUCUUUGGAAGCGCUUGCUUUACCCUCAUAUAUGACCUCCUACAGGAUGACAACGCAGCCACCGUUCAUCUUCCAUGGAUUCAUGCCUGUCUACAAUGCCUGUAUACGGUGCAACGCUCAGAUCCUAUCACAAGUAUGAUUACUGCCAUUCGGACGGUUCUAAAGAAAAUAAACCCUGCCUACGACUUGGCUCCGGACCAGCAAACACAAGGUGACUUCGAGCCUCAGGACAGCACAUCAAUUUCUGUUCGAGAAACCUCAGGUGUUCCGCUCUACAACAGUCAAGCGAAUCCCCUUUCGCCCUCGCACCUGCGCGGUACAUUUCCGGGUUUCGGUCCACCCGUCCUUCUCAACUUCGAACACAAUAAUUUUCAAGACGAACUAAGGAACGGUGUCGACGUCAUAGGCAAUAGUCCGCUAGAUUUCACUCAAUCAGACAUAGGAUGGGAUCUUAAUUUCUCAACGAUGGACCUUGAAGCGUUUUUGUCAAUUUAUCCUACGAUGGAUCAGCAAGCGUUUUGA